CCCCCGCGUACUCUCCGAUCUAUUGCGAGUCCUGUACGCCCUGCGCCGUGCGGGGUAAAACUCCCCUACUUUCUCUUUUGUUCGAUUUCCUCCGUUCUAGGCUUGCAGCCAGGCAUGGCAGCCUUCACCGCCGCCGCGUCCUACUCCAAGUACGAGAUCCGGCGCCGAGACCCCAAUCCGAAGGCCGCCGCUCUCCUCGUCAUCGACAUGCAGAACUACUUCGCCUCCAUGGCCUGCCCCAUCCUCCCCGCCCUCCACACCACCGUCGCCCUCUGCCGCGCUGCUGGCGUCCCCAUCUUCUUCACCCGCCACCGCCACCGCUCCCCCGCCGACUACGCCAUGCUCGGCGAGUGGUGGAACGGCGACCUCAUCUUCGACGGCACCCCGGAGUCCGAGCUCCUCCCCGACCUCGGCCGCCGUCCCGGCGACCGGGUGGUCGAGAAAAGCACCUACAGCGCCUUCGCCGGGACGGGGCUGGAGGAAAUUUUGCACGGUACGGGCGUGGAGGAGGUGAUCGUCACUGGUGUGAUGACCAACCUCUGCUGCGAGACCACGGCCAGGGAGGCGUUCGUCAGGGGGUUUCGGGUCUUCUUCUCCACCGACGCCACUGCGACAUCGAACAGUGACUUGCACGAGUCCACCCUCAAGAACAUGGCCUACGGGUUCGCCUACCUGGUGGACUGCGAGAGGCUCGAGGCGGCUCUUGGCCGCAAGGGCUGAGGUAUCAACUCUUCAAUCAUAUAAUUUCAAGUGUAGAAAUGCUGUACUCCUUGUAACAUGUUGUCUUACAGAGAGGCUUCCUUCCCAUGGUUAACAUUUCUGGAAUUGACGAUGACAGGUAUUGCCAAACCUAACAAAAAAAACAAAUAAUCUAAAUUAGAAGAUUCCUAAGGGGGUGAAAAGGGGAGCAGUAGGACUACUGCUGAAUGAGUGACUGACAACAAACUUCUGAAGCCUGAAGAUGGGCAUUGUAACAUUAGU